AUGGCUAACGAGGCGGGCUUUCGUGCUCUUUCUUUUUCUUUCUUGACAGAACCUCCAUUGUCCAGUCCUACCGUGCCCCAGUCCAACGACAUCUCUACCAACGGAACCACCACCCAGCCAGGAAUCUCAAUCCGCUAUGGCCCUGCAACGGACAACGAAGUUGACAUGCAGGAUGCGGACACUAACGGCGUUGCGCCGUCUAAACGGAAAUCUAGAUCCAGUGCUGGUCGCCCAUCCACCAACCGGACUGACUCCUCCCAGAGCAAGCGUCGUCGAACGGUGCCAAAACCAGAACCUUCUGACUCGGACGAGGCCCCCUUGAUAUCUCAGGCUAAGAAGGGCAAGAGGGCGUCCGUUAAUUCUGCAGAGGCUAAGAGGCUUGUGGCCGAAAAGGCUGAUAUCGAAAAGAGUGCUGAAAAGGAGGCACAGUCUCUCAGACAGCAGGAUCGCCAGGCAGCGGCCAAGAAGAAGGCUGCUGCAAAGACUGCUGCCAAACCUACGAAAGCAAAAGCAGCGACUACGAAUGGGAAAAAAGCUCUAACUAACGGUAUCAAAAAAUCAGAAUCCAGUGAUGAAGACGUUCCUCUCGCUCGCAAGGCUCCCGCCAAAAAGGCCGCUGCCACUCCUGCAAAGAAGAGCAAACCCGCAGCAAAGAAGGAGCCUAGUGAGGAAGCUGAAGCUGAAGAGGAGGAAGCCGAAGAGGAAUACAGAUGGUGGGAAGAUCCAUCGAAGGGCGACGGCACCAUCAAAUGGACGACCCUGGAACACAACGGAGUCGUUUUCCCGCCGCCUUACGAGCCUCUGCCAAAGGAUGUGAAACUGAAAUACGCAGGUGUCCCGGUCACCUUACACCCAGAUGCUGAAGAGGUAGCCUCUCACUUUGGAACAAUGCUCAAUUCUACUCACAACGUUGAAAACCCCAUCUUCCAGAAGAAUUUCUUCAACGAUUUUCAGGCAAUAAUCAAGAAAACUGGCGGAGCAAAGGAUCCCCAGGGCAAACCUAUCCAGAUCAAGGAGUUUUCCAAGUGUGAUUUCAGAACGAUCUUUGAACACUACGAGAGAUUGCGCGCCGAGAAGAGAGCCAUGAGUGCUGCUGAGAAGAAGGCAGCCAAGGCCGAAAAGGACGCCGCCGAAGCCCCAUACAUGUAUUGUAUGUGGGAUGGGCGAAAGCAAAAGGUUGGUAACUUCCGUGUUGAACCUCCGGCUCUCUUCCGCGGCCGUGGAGAGCAUCCCAAAACUGGUACGGUGAAAACUCGCGUCAUGCCUGAACAGAUUACCAUCAACAUUGGCAAGGAUGCACCUGUCCCAGCUCCUCCAGAGGGGCAUCGCUGGAAAGAAGUUAGACAUGACCAGGAGGGCACAUGGCUGGCCAUGUGGCAGGAAAACGUUAACGGAAACUACAAAUAUGUGAUGUUAGCUGCCAACUCAGAUGUCAAAGGCCAGAGUGACUAUAAGAAGUUUGAGAAGGCUCGGGAACUCAAGAAACACAUUGAUCGAAUUCGCAAGGAUUAUAAAAAGGGCCUUAAGGAUGAACUUAUGGUCAAUAGACAACGAGCUACAGCCGUCUAUCUCAUCGACCAAUUUGCCCUCCGUGCUGGAAACGAGAAAGGUGAAGAUGAGGCUGACACCGUUGGCUGUUGCUCUCUUAAAUUUGAACACGUUACGUUAAAGCCACCAAACACCGUUGUCUUCGACUUCCUGGGAAAGGACAGUAUUAGAUAUUACGAUGAAGUUGAGGUUGACCCUCAAGUUUUCAAAAACCUCAAGAUAUUCAAAAAGCCUCCGAAGAAGGAAGGUGAUGAGAUUUUUGACCGACUCACGACGUCGGCUCUCAACAAGCAUCUAUCAAGCUACAUGCCCGGCCUUACUGCCAAGGUGUUCCGUACGUACAACGCCUCGUACACCAUGGCAACGCUUUUGAAGAAAAUGUCCGCAACCGGGACUAUUCCAGAGAAGGUCAAACAGUACAACGACGCAAACCGUGAGGUCGCCAUCCUUUGUAACCAUAAACGCACCGUUGCUGCUGGACACGCCAACCAGAUGGAGAAACUCGGUGAUCGGAUCAAAGGAUUGCAGUAUCAGAAAUGGCGAAUCAAACAAAUGAUUCUUGACCUUGACUCCAGUAUGAAGAAGAAGAAAGGUGCAGCAUACUUUGAACUAGAUGAAGAUCUAGACAUGGAGUGGAUCAAGGAACAUCAGGCUUUCCUCGCAGAGGAGCUUCGCCAGAAGAUACGCAAGAAGUUCGACAAAGAGAAUGAGAAACGAGCCGCCGAUGGAGAAAAGGAGAUGAAGGCCAAAGAACUCGAGGAACGACUCAAGGCUGCCGACGAGCUUGAGGCCAAAUAUAAGAAGGAGAAUAAGACGAAAAAGGUUGAGGCCGAGGGCAGGGGUCCUACUGUCGAGAAAUUCGAAGGCCAGAUUAGCAAAAUCGACCAGCGUAUCGAGAAUAUGCUUCUUCAGGCCGAAGAUAAGGAGAAUAACAAGGAAGUUGCCCUUGGCACAUCUAAGCUUGUGUAG